AUCGGAUUCUCUCACCCAUUUUCCUUCUCCAUUGAGUCUCUCCUCUGUCUCAUCAGCCAAACGAACGUCGAAUGUGGGCAGAAAGUCUCUCAUGAAAAAUCCAUGGCUACCCAAUUACUCCCUUGCUCUUAUUGCAAGAAAGAAAGAAGACUGAGCAGUCGCCGUGGGAGUGGCGAGAGGAAGAAGAGGAGCUCCAUUGAAGGAGAGGCAGUUCAGAUUCUGCCUUAGAAGACAACUGCCACUCUCGUCGUCCUUCCUCCUGUCUCCGUCUCCACCAUUCAUCAGAAGGUGUAAGCCUGCAUCUGACGGUCAAUAUUCUUGCCUGCUCUCUCUCUCUCUCUCUCUCUCAAGGACAUACUGCAAACUUCACCGUUACGCAUUCACUAGACCGCCGCUUCCAUCUCUUCUCCCCAUGGCCAGGCUUCCAAUUUCUGCAACCACCAACAAAGGUCAAAGUGCAAGAAAGCACCAAGCUUGUCAAGUUCAAAACUCAGUCAUUAAUGCUCCUACGGCCAUUUCUUCCUCCUCCGUUUCUAGACAACUACCAAACAAAAACUUGUGAAGGAAAAACCCAUCAAUUCGUCCCUCUCCUUUCGUGUUCCCAUCUCUCCACAUCUCUGUAAACCUUCUCUCCUUCAGACAUUCGGCAACCAAAAAGGAGUGCCGAUGAAGAUGGCACCUCAAAAUCUUCUCAUUCUGAGUCUUUGCUGCUUUUUCUUUUCAAUAUUAUUCCCGGCGGCGUCUUCUGCUCCUUCCUGCAACUCUUCCGACUACCACAUGGCGAAGUCGGCCUUCAGGUCGCUGGUGGGAUUCCACCCGGCUACCUUCCUCAACUGCUCUGCCACCAUUAGAGAGCUCAACCUUUCGUCCAAGGGCCUCCAGGGCACCGUCUCCUGGUUCUACAUAGCGAAGCUCGGCCAUCUCCGGACGUUGGAUCUCUCCAACAACUCCAUUCAAGGAUCUCUUCCAGGCGGUUUCUGGUAUACCACCAAGCUGCUGCAUCUCAACCUCGCCGGCAACCAAGUCGGCGGCUGCAUCGGUUUCCGGUCAGCGGACCCGCGUCGACUCGUUCCGGCUCUCCAGACCCUCAUCCUUUCCAACAACCGGUUUACCGGCUGCAUCUCGCUCCUGCCCUUCCGGAACCUCAGAAUCCUAGACGUAUCGGGCAACCGGAUCACGAACAACUCGGUUCUCGUUCAGGCCUUCGACCUGGGUCGUCUGGAAUUCCUGUCGGUUUCCGGCAACGGAAUCGGCUCCAUUCCGAGUCAGUUGAAUAAUUCGAGUCGCAUCGUUCACCUCGACGUCUCCAACUGCAGUCUCUCCGGCAGCUUGAGACCCAUUUCUUUUCUUCCGAGCCUUUCGUAUUUGGACGUCUCGAGGAACCGUCUUAGCGGUUCGUUCCCGGGUGACUUCCCUCCGGUUCGCAACCUGAGGUUCUUGAACAUCUCGUUCAACCGGUUCACUGGUACGUUGGACAACGAUACGGCCCACAGAUUCGGCAGCUCUGCUUUCAUCGAUUCGGGACUGACGGCCGUUCGCGCCCCAGUUCCGCAUCCGGUUCUCCCAAAAACCGGCCCGAGUCCCGUGAAAGCGAAUCAUACCAAGGCCGUCAUCAUCGCCGUAUCGGCGUCGGCAGCUGCAUGCAUUCUGGUGGUGGCAAUUCUUCUGAUAUGUUUGUACAGGAGGAGGAAGAAGAAGCCUAAGAUGGAAUGGGCCGUCUCGAAGACACCGAUUCCGGUUAAAAUCAACGAACUCGGUCCGUUCUCCUUCCAAACCGAUACGUGCACCUGGGUUGCGGACAUCAAGGAACCGACGUCGGCCGCCGUCGUGAUAUUCGAGAAGCCGUUGCUGAGCCUCACGUUCGCCGACCUCAUGGGCGCGACGACCCGCUUCAGUCGGGAGUCUCAGUUGGCCGAGUCGCGAAGCGGACCGGUUUACAGGGCGGUUCUGGCCGGGGACAUUCAUGUGGCAAUUAAGGUGCUGGAGCUUGCUAGGGACACUGAAGUGGAGGAAGCGGCGGCCAAGCUGGCGGCCUUGGGCAGGGUCAAGCAUCCCAACAUAUUGCCCCUUCUAGGGUACUGCAUAGCAGGGAAGGAGAAGCUGUUGCUGUACGAGUUCAUGGCGAAUGGGAAUCUUCACCAGUGGCUUCACGAGCUCCCAACCGGAGCGACCAACGUGGAGGACUGGAGCACGGACACAUGGGAGCAGCAGGCCGGCGGGGAGCAGGGCUCGGCCGAAAGGGCUGGCUGGAUCACCCGGCACCGCAUCGCCCUGGGCAUCGCCAGAGGGCUCGCCUGCCUGCACCACGCCGGAGCCCGGCCGGUCAUCCACGGCCGCCUCACCCUCUCCAACAUCCUCUUGGACGAUGACCUGGAGCCCCGGAUCUCGGAUUUCGGAUUCGGAGAUAUUAUCGGCCAUGGAUCUUACGACCAACCACAAUCCUCCGCCCGUGGAUCGGAUCCGGCAAGUCCGGAAUCCGAUGUGUACAGCUAUGGGGUGGUGCUGCUGGAGCUGAUGACCGGACGGGCUGGGUCGGAGGAGAUGGUGGGGUGGGUCCGGAGAUUAGUCCGGGAGAGGCAGGGCGAGAAGGCCAUCGAUCCGAGACUGAAGCCGUCUGGGUCCGAUACCGGCAUGGUCGAGUGCUUGCGGGUCGGGUACCUGUGCACGGCCGAGUCCAGCGAGAAGCGGCCCACGAUGCAGCAGGUUGUUGGUCUGCUUAAGGACAUAAAUUAAUACAAAGACCAACCAGUCUGCUGUCCAUGAAAAAGAUUCUUCCAACUCCUUCUUCUUCGUCUUGGUUCAUGGAGUCUUUUUUUUCUUUUUUCUUUUUCCUUCUCUUCUUCUUCAUUUGUAUUUUUUUUUUUACUUUACCCUGUAUAGUGCAAUUGAUGAAUUACCAAAUUUUCUUUCCCAAUGGAAUUUUUGGGAUUUUUUUUUU